AUGUUUCCUCUCAUACAACGAUGCUGCUUCCACACACCUUUCAAACUGCAGAAGUUAACCGGUCCCAGACUACUACAGUAUGGAAGGAAUAAGACAACUUGGUCUUCUCUUGGCCUCCGGCUUCAUAGAGAUGUGUGUCCUCUCUCAAGAUCUCCAGGCCUCAACCCAGCUUCAGUAUAUGCAACGCAGCUCCAGGCUUUUCACACCUCUCUCCCCUUCUUCAAGAAGAAAACCCCCAAGGAAUCUGAGACCAAAGACUCUGGCAUCUUGCAACGAAGUAUGAAAUCACUGAAGGAUUCUCCCAAGCCAGCUCUUUACUUAAGCCUCGCGGGGCUAAUUCCGUUUGUUGCGGUGCCCCUGUCCAUGGCCAUCCAAGGGACCUACUACCCAGAGCUGGCGUUUGCUCAGAUUACGUAUGGUGCCGUAACAGUCUCUUUCCUAGGAGGAAUGAGGUGGGGGUUUGCUCUCCCAGAAGCCAGCCCAGCCAAGCCAGACUGGCUGAACUUGGCUAACAGUACAGUUCCUCCUCUAUUUGCCUGGCAAGCCUUACUUUUUCAAGAUACCACUCGUGGUGCAGUAAUGCUAGUAAUGGCCUUAGGGAUAGCACUACAUUAUGACAUUUCCCUUCUUCCUACUUACCCUGGGUGGUUUAAAGUACUGAGGGUAGUAGGAACAGUGGUGAUGGUAUUAUCCCUAUUAGCUACUGCCAUGUUGAAGACUAUGUCAGAGGAGCAGCUAAGUAACAGCAGAUAUAAAUGGCAGAACACAAAAUAA